UACCCCCCGACACCUGGGCGCCACCGAGCCGUCAGAGGCUGGUGAGGCGGCGGCAGGGUCAGCGCUGGGAAGAUGGCUGCUCUAGCCAGCUCCCUCAUUCGCCAGCGCAGGGAGGUCAAGGACCCCCAGGCAAACCGGCAGAUCGCCAGCAAGCGCAAGCCCUGCCCGAAGAGCAACAAGUCGCUCUGCCAGAAGCAAAUUCUUAUAUUAAUAUCGAAGGUUCGACUAUGUGGCAGUCGAGGGAGAAAAAUGGAAAAAAGACCAGAGCCCCAGCUGAAGGGCAUCGUCACGCGGCUUUACUGCAGACACGGCUUCUACCUCCAGAUGCUGCCGGAUGGCACCAUGGAAGGCACAAAGGACGAAAGCAGCUCCUUCUUGCAGUUCAACUUGAUUCCUGUGGGGCUCAGGAUAGUGGCCAUCCAGAGUACCAAGACAGGGCUCUACGUUGCCAUGAACAGCGAGGGCUACCUCUACACUUCGGAACACUUCACGCCGGAGUGUAAGUUUAAGGAGUGUGUGUUUGAGAACUACUACGUCACCUACUCGUCCAUCCUGUACAGACAGACCCAGUCGGGUCGGGCGUGGUACAUCGGCAUCAAUCGAGACGGACAGGUCAUGAAAGGGAACCGUGUGAAGAAGACGAAGGGAGCUGCGCACUUCCUGCCCAAACUCAUUGAAGUCGCCAUGUACCGAGAGCCCUCUCUACACGACGUCGCUGAGCAGAGUCCGCCUAGGAAAACGCCCAAGACCUCCAGUGACUCGCCCGUGCUCCAGAACGGCAAGAAGGACCCUCAAUCCAAAACCAAAACUUCCACCUCCUAGCGCUCAGAGAAACAGGUGGGGAGAGGAGGGGGUGGAGGACACGGGGCACUGGGCACCAGCUGAACACCUAAACAGGGUAGUUAGGCUACCCCCCACCUGCAACACUGACCCCACAAGAACUCCGCGUACCACAAUGCACUGGUGUUAAAUUGGAGAAAAAAGUUUGGGCAGAGUGGAGCUGGUUAUUUUCUCCCCUUCACAGACCCCCUUCCACACCAGCCCUCCACCUUCUUAUUAGAUAACCUCUGUGAUUAUCAAAGCCUGGGAUUUAAAAGCAAUAACUCCAUGAAGAGGUGAACAGUCACCUAGCAUAUAGCAUGUCACCAGGAAAUCCCACACACACCCCUCUAGCCAUCAUCAGCGGUGUCCUUUCAGUCAACCAAAUAUCUGAGCAAAGUCUUCCUGGUGUUACCACAAUGGGUGCAACGGUCAAAUGGGUCCCUCUGCAGCACACACUUUACAAAUGGGUUGUGUUUUCAUUUCCCCACAGGGUUCCAUGCUAAUGUUAGCCUGACA